UGUAGCAUGUUGACUUGGCGUUGCCACCUGAUGCAAUAGAGCAUACUGAGUGUGUUUAACUAAUUUUUAAGUAAAUUUUAAACGUUUUUUUUUAAUUCAAUAAAUGACAAUAACACCGGACGAUGCUUGGCAGGAUCUUAUAGGCAUCAGCGCCGAUCCGCCAGACAUGCGCGACAAAUGUGAUCAGUGCAAACGCCCCACAGUUGUUUGUUGGUGUUGUGCGCUACCCCAGCCUCCUGUUGCGGUUGCCUCGCAAAUUGUGAUACUCCAACAUCCUGCCGAGGAGAAGCGGUCAUUGCGCACAGCACUUAUGCUGCAACUGGGACUGCAGCCGGGCAAAUGUGUUGUCUACAAGGGCAAGCGUUUCCCCAACAACCGCCACUCAGCAGAUUUGCAGCGUGUGCUCGACUCGCCGCGGACACUGCUGUUGUAUCCCAGCAAGGAUUCGGUGCCAUUGGAGGAGAUCGAUCGUAGUGCAGGACCUUAUACGCUGGUGCUCAUUGACGGUACUUGGCCGCAGGCAAAGGCCAUCUAUGCCAGCAGUCCGGCACUGCACCGCCUGCGUCAGGUAAAGCUCAUUGCGGUGGGCAUUAGCGAUUAUAUUAUACGUACACAGCCCACCGAAGGCUGCUUGAGCACACUGGAGACGGCAGCGCAAUGUUUAGCGGUGCUCGAAUCCCAGCCAGAGCUGCGCCAGCUGUUGGUGCGCCCGCUGCACGCGCUGUGCAAAUACCAGCUGGACAAUGGCGCCGUCGAGCAUCAGUCCAAAGAAUUUCUGUUAAAAACCAAUCAAUAUCAAAAACCUAUUGGCAAGCGGCUUAGUCGUUUAUUAAACUACAGCAACACAGUGUGUGGCAGUUCCCUAGAGUCUCUUGCCCAGAAAUCUUGAUAAAAGAAAUUCGAUAUUAGUUGAUGCUUUGUGCACCUCCUGUGCAUAUACAUAUAUUUAGUGCAUAUUAAAAACUAUUUGUAAUUU